AUGUCUCAGCCAUCGGACAAGCGGGAUUACAGUUGGGUCGCGGGAUAUGAGAAAACUUGGGAAUCAAUAAAGGAGGACCAGUCGGGCAGUCUGGUGGCAAGCUUAGAGAAGAUGGUUCGGGAUACGCACGCUGAUCUUCGAGCGAAACGUCAGCACACCAAUGCCACUGCUGUCACCAUUGGUGGCACUCCACGACUGGGCAUGGUUCGGCAUCUUUACGUGGUGAUUGACCUCUCCACCGCCAUGCUCGAACGCGAUCUGCAUCCCAACCGUCUUAUCUGUACUCUCAGGUGCCUCAAAAAGUUCGUGGAAAACUUUUUUGAUCAAAAUCCUCUGAGUCAGUUGGGCAUAAUUUCGACUUCGAGCUCGAAAGCUCAGCUUGUCUCCGCGUUGUCGGGCGGUUUCAUUCAACAUCUUCGAGCUCUGGAAGAGUUGGGCAAACACCAGCAGCAUAUGCCCUCGUACAGUUCGCGAGAAGUUCUUUUGAUCCUCGCCUCUAUGACGACCUGCGAUCCUGGUGACAUUCAUCAAACCAUUCAGAGCCUUAUUACACAUCGCAUCCGUUGCAGUGUUAUCUCCCUUGCUGUCGAGGUCUUUGUCCACAGAGCUCUCGCCGAGGCUACUGAAGGUUCCCUCACUGUCAUUAUGGACGCGCCUCAUCUUAAAGCCGUUCUACAGAGCCUCGUUCAUCCUCCCCCUGUCUCAGAGGAUAAAGAUGCUGCCCUGUUACGAAUCGGCUUUCCGCACUCAACUGCCGCAGAUUUUGAGCAAUUUCCCGUCCGGGUUUGUAUGUGUCACUUGCCAAAUGUCGAGAACAAAGGCGAAGUCACUGGAGGUGCAAAUUCAGAAUGCAACGUUACUGUUGGCAGCAGCAACCGUCCACGAGGAUCUUACCUUUGCCCUCGUUGCCAUUCAGCUUACUGCGAGUUGCCAGUUGAGUGUGCGGUGUGUGGAAUAACCCUGAUGUCUGCACCACAUUUGGCGCGUGCCUAUCAUCAUCUCUUUCCUCUACCUCGCUUUUUGGAGGUACCACGUUCUGAAGCCCCUUCCACGGCAUCAAAGGGAGAUCCUCUUGGAUGUGGGGGUUGCAACGUCAAUCUACAGCUGAAGUCUGUGGAGGUGCGGUUCUACGUGGACAUAGAAGGGGGUUUUGAAUGUGGCAUCACAGCUUUGAAUCGCCAUCGAGCUGGAGAGCGUCCUAUGAUUGUCACCUCACCAUGGAACUGCAGCUGA